GCGGAACUGAAUUGAUCUUUCUCUUUCUUUAUCAUUAUGGCUGGUAUCACUGUUAAGGACGUCAACGCCCACGAAUUCAUCAAGGCUUACGCUGCCUACCUCAAGCGUACUGGUAAGCUCGAAGUCCCCAAGUGGGUUGACCUCGUCAAGACUGGUACCUUCAAGGAAUUGGCACCCUAUGAUCCCGACUGGUACUUCAUCCGUGCUGCCUCUGUUGCUCGUCACAUCUACAUCCGUAAGUCCGUUGGUGUUGGUGCCUUGAACAAGGUUCACGGUGGUACUGUCAACCGUGGUUCUCGUCCCUCUCACCACGUUGAUGCUUCUGGUUCCGUCAACCGUAAGGUCCUUCAAUCUUUGGAAAAGAUUGGUGUCCUCGAAAAGGAUAAGAAGGGUGGUCGUAAGAUUACUCAAGAUGGUCAACGUGAUUUGGAUCGUAUUGCUAUGACCCUCGCCGAAGAAGAUGACGAGUAAACACGUCUCUUUUGUACUCUUUUUUAAUUAUCUCAUUUUUUCCUAGCUCACUAUGCAACAGAAAAAAAAACAUACAAUAAAAAUACAAAAAACAUAAAAAAAAACUUCUUUCUUUUUUGACAAGAUCGAAUUCUGACAGAUG